UUCCCAGAAGCGUGAUUCACAAAUAAGGAUCAUGCUAUGUGACUUACAUGCUUACUGGGCAACAGUCUCUGAAGUUCCUCAUUAAGAAUAUUCUAAAGGAAGUUUGAAGGUACUUGUAAAUAAUUUGACUGAAUGCCAGGAUAUAGGAAUGACGAAGAAAAUUAAGCACAUUUAGAAAAGUCUUAAUUUUCUUUCACCUAGCCCCUGGAUACUCCUGAAAUUUUGUCCUAGAAAGAAAUAAUGUUUUGUAGGAUUAGAACAAAGAUGGACAGAUAAGAAAAGUACUUAGCAUCUCCAAGGAACCAGAAACCAGUAUGACACACACCAUGAGAUCUCUCAGAAACUUUUUUUUUUACACAUGUCUGUCUGCAUUAACUUUUUGGAAUCAUGUCAGCCUGUCUGUGGAAAAUGAACUCUUUACAUCUGUUUCUAAUGAUUUUCUGGAAGAUGGUUCUGACAAAAAUAUCAAGAGCCUGCCACUCCUGUAUACAAAUAGUCAUCAGUCCAAAGCUAAUUUUGACUGGGUUGUGAUACAAAAUACUACAGAAAGCCUGUCAUUGUCAGAGAUCACAAAUGACAAUGUAAAAAAAUUAGUCAAUUUAUUAUCUAAUUUCAGACAAGGCUCUGGGUUGCAAAAUCUGACCCUGACAAAUAUGUCAGUGGACUGGAAUGCUCUUACUGAAGUUUUUCAGACUGUAUGGCGCUCAUCCGUCGAAUACUUCAAUAUUAACAGCUUAACACAAUUGUCAGAUAUCCGCAGCUAUAACUUUGACUAUUCAGGUACCUCUAUGAAAGCACUGGCAAUGAAGAAAGUUCUAAUCACAGAUCUGUACUUCUCACAGGAUGACCUGUACAAAAUAUUUGCAGACAUGAAUAUUGCGGCCUUGACAAUAGCUGAAUCAGAGAUGAUACAUAUGCUGUGUCCUUCAUCUGAUAGUCCCUUUAGAUAUAUAAAUUUUUUAAAGAACGAUUUAACAGAUCUUCUUUUUCAAAACUGUGAUAAAUUAAUACAACUGGAGACAUUAAUCUUGCAGAAGAAUAAAUUUGAGACCCUUUCCAAG